AAGCCCCCGUUUAGUUCGUUUUACUGUUCCUUAACACAAACAGUUCCCUAAAAUUACAAACCCGCGAUAUUUGCGAGUACCAAGUGUAAGCAAGACACCAUAGCUUGCUGAAAAUAAAUAUCUAAAAAGAAUAAAAGGAGUUCCGAGAAGUAACGUUGUCGAGAAAUUCCACGAAGCUUAAAAUAAAAGUGCGAGUUUUAGUGGAUGGAACAUUUCCACGAAUAAUUCAAUUGUUUUUCUAAGAAGACGCUCAGAAUUGGGACAAAGACUUCAGCUUCCAGAGGUCACUACUGCUCUGGGCGUUUAAAAAUACCUCGUAAAUAAAUGAAAACUUUUACUUUGGAGAAAAUAGUGGGCUUAUAGCUGUAAAUCAGUAAAAUAAAUCGAACUAUUGGCUCAAGAUAUUUUUAACCUCUCAGUGAUCGAUUAAAUAAUAACCGAGUAUGUAAUCGCGUUGUUACGUAAUCAUCUGAAGGAUUAUCGAGUGGAUAAUUAGAGGCUAGAUAUAUUUAUUUAUAAAACUCAAUCAGGAGCAGAUUGACCAGAAGUCGGGUUAAUAAAAAAAACGUAAUUAAAGUUCACAAACUGGCUCCGGAAGUAAGGAUAAGGCAAAUUGGAAUGAGGGAGGACUUGUUGUCGAUAAUACGACACACUAGCAGCGACCAUUUUUCUGAAGAGCUUUAGCAGGGCGUCGAUAAGCUCAUUUUGUUGUUUUUAGUAGUUUUCAUUUUACAGAUUUUUGGUAUCAGUUUUAUUGCUACUGAUAUUGAUGUUUAUUUCAAUUGGUUGGAUAUUAUCGACUAGGGGUUUCAUUAGUUUUCAAUAAUUCCAGUUUUUACUGGUAUCAGUGUAGGGUAAUGCCCUGGGUUGCUGCAUGUUUAGAUCUUCUUGGUGGUCCUAUUCUUGGAUACUGCCUAGCUGUCCGAAGAUUGGCGCUCCAAGUAGGACUGCUUCAAGAAGCUGCUAAUAAAAUUAACGAGGAGCUUAUUAUGAAGAGCGAUCAUAACAAAAUCGACAUGGCGCCUUGUACUGAAGACAAACGUGCAGAAAAUCAAGAGUCUUCAACGCGACCUCAAGGUAUCGUUAAAUCUCCGCGAAAAUUCGUAGGUGUUGUUAUCGCUACUUCCGGAUUACCAGCACGUGGAAAAACACAGGUUGCAUCAAGUCUUGCCCGACGACUCAAUUGGAAUGGCGAGUCUGCUAAAGUGAUGCGAGUAAGCGACUACCGUCGUAAAAAACUGGAGUUGUAUGGCACUCACGAAUUUUUCCGGCCUGACCAUGCGGCAAAUUCGGCACUAAGACUAUUGGCAACCCGCGACGCCAUGCAGGAUUGUGCCGGAUGGCUUUCAUCUGGGAACACCGUAGCUAUCCUGGACGGUUGCCUGGUGACUAAGGAGCAACGCCGAGAGGUGUUCGAGUACUUCACCCAGCAGUUGGGCUACCGGAUCCUCUUCGUCGAAUGCAUCUGCGAGGAUCCUGCAGCCCUGGAGCGAAACUACCAGGAGGUGAUUCAGCACAACGUAGACUUCUUGGGGAUGGAUCCUUCCUUAGCUGCGGAGGAUCUCAAGCUCAAGGUCGCUCACUACGUCCACGCCUGGGAACCUAUGGACGAGAAAAACUAUCCCCGGAUCACCAUCGAUACCGUCAGUUUGGAGAUGCGCGCUCACAAGAUCACCGGACAUGUUGAGACCAGUGUUCUAGGGUAUCUUGGGAGUGUCACUGCUAAACCUCAUACUCUGUACUUUUCUCGGCACGGUGAAAGCGAGUACAAUGUUAUCGGAAAAAUCGGCGGCGACGCAGUUCUUAGCGCCCGUGGAGAACGUUACGCCCAAGCUUUGGCCACAAGGAUCAAUUCGAUGAAGAUCCCAGACCUUAGAGUGCUCACCAGUCAUCUCAGACGGACAAUAGCGACUGCGCGAGGGAUCGAAGCGCCGCAGGAACAUGUUGCGGCGCUUAAUGAACUAGAUGCUGGUGUCUGCGAAGGGCUUUCUUAUGAAGAAAUGCAAGAACAUUAUCCACAAGAAUUCGCCUGGCGGGACCAAGACAAACUACGUUACCGAUACCCCUGGGGAGAAAGUUACGUUGACAUAAUGCAGCGAGUUGAGCCUGUGAUAGCGGAACUGCAGCAGUCGAACAACAUCUUAGUGAUAUCUCACCAGGCAGUUCUUCGCUGCCUGAUCGGAUACUUCAUGGACAAAAAGCCAGAGGAACUGCCCUACAUGGAGGUUCCUCUCCACACGAUAAUCCGGGUGUCCAGCUGCGGAUUCAAUUAUCGCAUAGAGUUCAUCAAGCUGCCUAUAGAGUGCGUUAACACAACGAGAAACAAGCCGGUAAAUUGCAGCGCAAACCGUACUGACAACGACGCGCUGAGAACUGUUCCAGCGCAUUACGACAUCCCUGACCCCUGGCGGAACCCUGGAAACGGUCCUUCCCUUGUUCAACAACACUGAAAACAAAUAAACGAGAAGGAGUCAUCUUCUUUGGCUUCUUCUUCUUCUUCUCCUUCUUCUUCUUCGACUUUUGU